GCCAAACAGAGAGAUACUUAUAGAGAGUGAGACAGAGAUAGAGAGUGCUUGAGCUAAACAGUAUGUGCGCUGCUGACAAAAAGUAAAAAAAGGUAACAUUGUUCAUAAAAAAAUGUGAAGAAAAUACAGUGGUUGAGCGAACAGCCAAGCAGUUAUCGUAUGUCAGCCUCUUGAGCUCUCGACUCAAUGUGACUACUGCGUGAAAUUCAAAUGUAAUAAUCUGUUAGUAAAGCGGGCUUAGUCGCUCCUCUCAAUAAUCUCUUCUAGGCAAUUUAGUUAAUUGUACAUGUGUCGGACAACGGACAGUGGAGGACGCAACUAUAGCUGUGUUCUGUUGGUUUGUCCCUAAAGAAGGCCAGCCGGGACGAGAGAGCUUGUCGCUAGCUACCCGCGUUUGUAAUAUAAUUGUUACGUUUUCUCGGGUACUUCGUAGGUAUUCCGCUCGUUUUGUCAGUAGUUCAAUUCCUCCGUCGUAGUCUUCGCUUCUUAAGUUGUGUGCGUGUGCGUUGUGAUUCUCACGCAAAAAGCACGCUGCAGUGCGUGCAGGUACGUGCUUUAUAGCUCGCAGAGAAUAACGAUAUUGCACUUGGUUACACUGAUUCACCGAGGCCAAGAAAAGACAAAAAUGCGUUUAUUACUGUCAAUCAUUGGUUGCUACAGUAGUUCUAAGCUCUAAGCAACUCAAAUACACCGAGCAAACAAUAAUGCUGUCUUUGACCCAGCCAACAAACAAAUUUUAUAUUGCAAUCCUCAUCUGCGGUUAUGUACUUCGAAGAUCACCUGCAGGAGCGUCCAAUAACAAGCAUGAACAAAUCAGUGGAAAAUUUAUUGGUUUCCAGCCAUGAAGUUAUUACUAGCAUUAAUUCCUCCAGCUCUUCAAAUCUUGCCAACGGAGCUUAUAAUGAUCCCUCUCAAGAUGCUUCUGGAACAGAAAAUGAAUGGACCAGCCCAAUUCCAACUCCAAGUCCUUCUCCUAAGCCAAGUCCACGCUUUACUAGCAAGAAAGAUCACAAAGACAAGACACAUAAAGAUGAGAAAGAUCAUAAGGACCACAAAGAUCACAAAGAUCACUCCACAAAAAGCAAUACAGAUGGAAAUUCUCAGAAGGACAAUUUAACUUUGAAAUUGGGUGAUCAAGUUCAGGAAAUUACAAGUCGUUCCUCAGAAUCUACUGAUGCUAGUAAACAUGCUGCUCCUGAAGGAAAGAAAGAAAGAAGUGAAAGAAGUAAAAAAAAAUCUUGGUAUUCUAACAUUCUUUAUCCAACAUAUAAAUCACGGUCUGCAGAUUUCAAAAGAAUAUUCAAAGACGUUCCAAGUGAUGAGAGACUUAUUGUUGAUUACUCAUGUGCAUUACAACGAGAGAUUUUAGUUCAUGGAAGAUUAUAUGUAUCUCAAAAUUAUGUGUGUUUUUAUGCUAAUAUUUUUACAUGGGAAACUCUUGUUACUAUUCAAUGGAAAGAUGUAACAUCAAUGACCAAAGAAAAAACUGCACUUGUUAUUCCUAAUGCAAUAUUGGUUUCUACUGCCAGUGAACGAUUUUUCUUCACAUCUUUUGGUUCAAGAGAUAAAGCUUAUAUGAUGUUAUUUAAAAUUUGGCAAAAUGUUCUCAUGGACCAGAUUGGAAAAAGUGAAUGGAAGCAAAAGUGCAAGAAUAAAAAGUGUAAAGUAGAGUCAAUGAGUAUGUCUGAAAUGUGGCAGCUUGUCCAUGAUUGCUAUGGAGAAGAAUUGGGUUUGACAUCAGACGAUGAAGAUUAUCCUCGUCCACUAUCUGUGCCAACUAAUGACAAAUUAUCUACUCGAUUGUCAAUAGAUUCUUUCUCUGAAGUAGAUAAUAAAAUUGAAAAUCCAGUAUUAUCAGAUGCCCUAGCAGAAUCGCCUUUAUCUCAGUCUUCUCCUAUACAUUCUGUUGCUGGCAUUAUAGCGGAAGGUUCAAAUGAUCCAACAGACUUAAGUGAUUCCAGUGAAAGUGAAGAAAAACCGCUAUUAAAAAUAGGUAUAAGACCAAGCACAGCAGUGUGUUCAUCAUCACAUAGUGGACGUCUUUUAAUAAAAGCUACAUUGCCAAUUCAUAUAGAUCAACUCUUCACAUUGCUUUUUACAAAUUCCAAGUUUUUCUUAGAUUUUCAUACAGCUCGAAAAACCACAGAUUUAAUUCAACCAAGUUGGACAGAGGAUUCUGCUACAGGACAGAAAUUACGAACAGUUUCUUUAACAAUUGCACUUUCACAAACAGUUGGUCCUAGAUCAUCACAAGUUACUGAAACCCAGGUUAUGCUUCCAUGUAGUUCACCGGGUCAUCUUUAUUGUAUUAAUGUAGAAGCUAAUAAUGCUGGAAUUCCAUAUGCUGAUUCAUUUAGUGUUUUUUCACAUUAUUGCAUGUCAAGCAUUUCUGAAAAUGAAUCGAGUUUUGCAGUAUAUUCUGAGAUUAAGUAUAAGAGAAAUGUGUGGGGUCUUGUUAAAAGUUUUAUAGAAAAAAAUUGUUGGGCUGGAAUGCAAGAUUAUUUCAAUAGCUUGAUAAAAGCUUUGGCUGUAGAGUGUGAAGAAACUGGUGCAAAUACUGUUGGUCUGAAAAGAAAAGCCAGACGAAGGAGACGCGUUACUUCUACUGGUGUUACAAUACAGACUCAUUCCCCUGAUCAUUCAGCCUAUACUCAUCAGCCACCUAUAGUGGACGUACCUCAUAUUCGUAAUAUUAGUGUUCCAGAUACCAGAGGAGAUAAUAGUGCUAUUCUUAGUUGGGUACUUCUAGCAGCUGUACUGUGCUUAAUGAUUGUUAAUGGGCUGCUAUAUUACAAGUUGUACAGUUUAGAAGAAGCUGCCACUUACACUGUAAUGGAUCUUCAUGUUUUGAAAAUUACACCAAAAACUGAAGAAGAUUGGAUAAAUUUACUUCAGCAACAAGAAAGCUUGCAUAAUGUAGAAAUAAAAAAGUGGCAAAGGGUACUGCAUACAGCAGCGCAACUACUUAGACAGACAGAGGAAUCGUUAACGCAACUGCAGAUGAGUAUUCACCCAACGACGACUGAAAAAAUGUUCUCAGUAUUAAAACCAGGAUUAAAAACCCAUAGUCCACAAAAUGAACAGCCUCAUAAUUCUGAACUAUGAAAGAGCUUUUACAGGAGUUAAUAACGUUGAAUAUUUUCAAAAGCUGCUCAAGGCUGUGUUUCCUACACUUCAAUUACAAUAAGUUCUUUUUUUGAACAGUUAAUUUUCAAAUAUUGCAAUAAAUUUGCCGAAAUUGAUUUAUUACAUCACAAAAAUAUGUUAUGGUUGUAAAAACAUGAAUCAUUUUUGAAAGUUCUGACAUUGCGACCUACAGCUCAUACACGUGUAGACACUAAAUACUAAAAUUUUAAAGAAUCUUCUAUUCUUUAUGCGUGGUAUCAUUCGCAAAUGACUACUGUAGUAAUUUUCUUUUACAAAAAUUAAAUGGAAAAUUUAGUAUAGAUUACAUGUGACAAUUGAAUAUACGCUUCUAAAACAAUGCAACUAUAUGUUGUUUUAAAAUUCAAAAUUUGUCAAUGGUACCUUUGAAACCGUUACCUUCACUGCAUGUAUUUUUAUGAGUUGUAAGUCGCUGUAGAGGAUCUUUAUUGCUAGUUCUUAUUUUCAAAAAGAACAUUUUAAAGUGCAUUUGAAAGCCGUAUUUAUAUUGAAAACUUUUUAUUUCAUAUAUUAGAAACAGUUAUCAAUUAAUUUUUUAUUGCAAUACGUCAUCGGUAUGCGGAAAAAUGUUUCAAUCGAUGUUUUUCUAUUUUUAAUGGCUGUACAUAGAAAAAUUGCGUUUACUUUAUACAAGUAAAAUCAUAUUUUGUUAACAGUUACUAGUUGUGUAAGAAAAUAAGAUAUAAUGUUCUUUAUUGGAAAUAAGAAGUAGACUAGGAUUAAUGAAUUGUUAUAGAUUUUUUUUGUAAGAUAGGUUUUUAACUAUGUGAGUUUUGCGAUGUAGUUGUGGAAAAGCGGAAAAACCACAAAGCAAUUGUACAAAAUUAAUUUUGAUCAUGUCGCACACAAUACAUAAUUGUUAUUAAGUCUUGUAAAUAAUAAUUUAUUAGAAAUUUACUAUUAAGGUGUUGAAGUUGCCGUGUAUUAUAAUUUAAAGUUAGUUAAAAGUAAUCUAUAGGAAAAAAUUAAAUACGCGUAUGUGCUUCAUACCAGCGGUCUUAAGUGAUGAGCGUAAUUGAUUACAAGUUAAUUAUAUACUGUGUAUUCAGCUUAGAAUUAUUUUUUUGAACUUUAAUAAAAUACAAAUUUAAUU